UCAGCGCUGUUUACAGCUGGUUUUAGACGAUUGUUGUUGGAUGUUGUUGUGUGACCAUGGUGGAUGGACUUCGGUUUGCAGUCGUUUGUUCCUCGAAUCAGAAUCGAUCGAUGGAAGCACAUGCCGUGCUCAGCAAAAAGGGUUUCAAUGUCCGUUCAUUUGGGUCGGGAAACCAGGUAAAACUGCCUGGUCCAGCACAGGACAAACCGAACGUCUAUGACUUUGGUACACCGUACGAACACAUGUACAAUGAUCUGCUGAAUAAAGACAAGAAUCUUUACACACAAAAUGGAAUCCUACACAUGCUCGACCGGAAUCGGCGCAUCAAAUUGCACCCGGAAAAGUUUCAAACUUGUCGUGAUAAAUUCGAUGUCAUCUUUACCUGUGAGGAACGAGUUUACGACCAAGUGGUCGAAGAGAUGAACUCACGAUCGCCGCUUGAUUACAGCACGGUUCACAUCAUCAACAUUGACGUUCAGGACAAUCACGAAGAGGCAACCAUAGGGGCUCUGUUGAUGCUCAAGAUGGCUCAGUCGCUGGCCCAAUCCAAAGAUCUCGACAAUGACAUUGACGAAUUGCUACAGGAAUUCGAAACGACCAUCAAUCGGCCGUUGCUUCACACGAUAGCAUUCCAAUGAUGCCGUAUAUAUGGGGUAUAUUUUUUAUUGUACAUUGUACACUGAGACAUGGUGUGAUAAAAUAAAGAAAGAACAGACAAAGACAAAAA